UCAGGUGUUGCCAUGUUAUUAAAGUCUGUGCUAGCGGGUGCCUGCACACUCGGAGCACUCGGAGCUGCGGCGUAUAAAUUCGCCCCCAGUCAGAUUCAGGCAGCCUUGUUUCAUUCAGUGGUUAGGAAGUCCUCUCUCGUGGAGCAGUCCAACAUGAAGAUAGAACUGCUGCCCGCCCUGACCGACAACUACAUGUACCUCCUCAUUGAUGAAGACACGAAAGAAGCAGCAAUUGUGGACCCGGUAGAACCAGCAAAAGUAGUUGAAGCUGUUAAGAAGCAUGGUGUGAAGCUCAAGUCUGUCCUGACUACACAUCAUCAUUGGGACCAUGCUGGUGGCAAUGAGAAGAUGGUGAAGUUGGUGCCAGGGCUGACUGUGUAUGGAGGUGAUGACCGAAUAGGAGCCUUGACACAAAAAGUGACACACUACAAUACCUUUAAAGUUGGCUCACUCAAUGUAAAGUGCUUGUUUACACCAUGCCACACAAGUGGACACAUCUGCUACUUUGUGACCACAGAAGAUAGCUCUGAACCUCCAGCAUUAUUCACAGGUGACACCCUGUUUGUGGCAGGCUGUGGAAAGUUCUUUGAAGGAACAGCUGACGAGAUGUACAAAGCUUUAAUAGACGUUCUAGGGCGACUUCCUCCAGAAACGCGUGUGUACUGUGGUCAUGAGUACACCAUCAACAACUUAAAAUUUGCACGUCACGUUGAACCAGACAACCAGGCCAUCAGGACCAAACUGGCAUGGGCUAAGGAGAAAUAUGACAGUGGAGUACCCACGAUUCCUUCCACCAUAGCAGAUGAGUUUACAUUCAACCCAUUCAUGAGAGUAAGAGAGAAAUCGGUACAGAAGCAUGCUGGGACAAGCAACCCCAUAGACACCAUGAGGAGCAUUCGGAAAGAGAAGGACGGCUUCAAAGUACCCAAGAAUUGAGCAUGUGUACAGUUUACACUGUGUUUAAAAUAUCUUCCACUACUCCAUUGUGUCUUACUGCACUUCAUACUUCAGACAUAAGUGUUGAACAUGCAUUGGGUUAGAAAUGAAUGUAUGCUUGUUGGUAUGGUAUGUUGGUUAUGCUUGUUUGUGGGUUUUUUAUGUCUGAUUUAGUUAGCAAAAACAACUACAUUCAAACUGUGGCUUUAGCACUGCACUCUGACUAGUGUUCUGACUCCACUUAUCUGCUAUCUAACAUAAAUUAUUUAAAAUAAUUAUGCUUGCUUAUUUGUUUGUGUUGCAGCUGGGGGGUUAGUCUGAAGUUAAAUUUGGAUUUGUACUUAUACAAAUCAGCAAAUCUGGCAAAAAGAAAAACCCCUUACAUUUCUAGUUAAGGUUAUAGUUGAAGGUACUGACACCUGUAGAAUAUACAGUAUGUAUAGUAACAGUGUGAUUAAAAAUCUAUGAUUUUUUUGGCCUGAUGUUUAUUUUAACAGCAUAUAAUCUGCUGAUGGUAUUGAAAAUAUGUUUGCUGAAAUCACUCACUUCUGUCAUUUCUGUUGUGAUUUUGAGAGCAUAUCCUAAACACAAGUCAUUGUGCAGUGUUUUAUUUUUAUAAUUGAAGAGAUGUAUUUUAGAAUAAAAUUGUCACAAUCUUUGUGUUUAUAUGAAAAUGUAUAUAUGAGCCAUUACCCCACAGAUUCUAUAAAAGUGCAUUUUAUUUGUAAUUUAGUGAUGAUUAGGUUUUAAGAUGGUUCAGCAGUGCUUAUAUGCUGAGGUGUUUAUAUGUAACCUUUGUCAUGCUUUAAUCGUUAUUUAAGCUAGCAUUGCACUUUCUGUUAUCUGAAACAACAAUGUAAGGAUUGUAUUCCAUUGUGUGUUCAAUAAAGCACAUGGGAACAUCA